AUGGAGAGGUUCCCCGGCAAGGUCGCCGCCGCCGUGUUCGCAGCCGCCGCGAUGCCGUGCGUUGGCAAGCACAUGGGCGUCCCCACCGAGGAGUUCAUGCGAAGAUCAUCAUCGGAAGGACUACUCAUGGACUGCAAGAUGCUGCCAAUCAGCAACAACCAGGGUGCAGGGGUUGCAAUCAUAGUGGGCCCAGACUUCUUAGCAGGCAAGUAUUACCAGCAAAAUCCACCUGAGGAUUUGGCCCUGGCAAAAAUGUUGGUCAGGCCGGGAAACCAGUUCAUUGACGAUCCAAUGAUGAAGGAUGCAAGCCUGCUCACCGACGACAACUACGGGUCGGUGAGGAAGGUAUACGUGGUAGCCAAGGCUGAUAGCUCCAGCACCGAGGAGAUGCAGCAUUGGAUGGUGGUGUUAAGCCCCGGCACGGAGGUCGAGGAGAUCGCCGGAGCUGACCAUGCCAUCAUGAGCUCUAGGCCUAGGGAGCUCUGUGAUGCUCUGGUCAAGAUCGCCAACGGCUUAAAUACUUGGUAA